UUGUCGGUAGAGUUGAACCCUGGCUGGCCCACGCCCUCCUCGCCGCCACCUGAUGGCGAGCUGCUGCAUGUGAGAGCCGUGGGAGACAACGACACGCUGCACUUCCUGUUCUGCAGCCAGGGGGCGCCGACGCUGCUGCUGGUCCACACCAACACUUCCUCUUCUUCUCUCAAGGUGGACUGGGCGGAGUUUGUGUCCCGUAACGUCAGCGGCAGCCUGAAGGUGGAGCCGGAGAGCAGCGUCCUGUACAGCAGCGCCGUCGUCUUCAGCCGGCUUUUGGAGUACGAUGACGUCAACAACACGGCCGAGCCGACCUCUGACCUCUUCCCCCCCUACGACCUGCGGGGCUUCCUCUGGUCCCGUCUCGUCCUAUCAGGGCCCAGCGCUCUGCUCUGUGGCGUUGCCCCUGGAAACGAGGCCUUCGCCAACGGCUCGCUGUGUCUGCAGCUGUCGGUGUUUGAGGCGGGGGGGCGGGCGGAGUCGUGGCCCCGCCUCCUACACACGUCCAACUCCUCCCAGGUGGAGGUGUGGCUGGACGGCGUGUUGCCGCGGGCGACGCGGUCCCGCUUCCUGCUGGAGCUGCAGGUGGUGGGCGGGGCUUAUUCUCCCGGCAGGGUGGAGGUCCGGCGCUCCAUCGACGACGAGUUCACCCCCUCCAUAUUCAAGGUGUCCCAGUGGCUGUUCUCUGAGAACGGCAGCUCUGAGGUUGGGGGGUUCCUGCAGUGGAAGCCCGUGGCGUCCCGUGGGCGGGACUCGUCCGUGGAGAACGCCACGCCGUGUCGUCACUCGCCGCCGCGACCGCAGAGUGGCAUCACCAUGGCGACGGCGUCCGGGCUCAUCCGAGGUUUCUUCGCCGACCCUCAGGCGGUCGGACUCAACAUGAGCUUCGGCCUCGCAGGAGACCCGUUCUACAACAGCACCCGGUUCCUCCGCUGGUCCGAUUCACUCAUUCAUAUUUCAUAUAUA